UACUAUACUCUUCUACUUUACACCAUCAUUGCUGUUUUAUUUAUCAACUUUACCUGCAUUGCUGCUACAUUUUGGUGACCCCGAGAGAAAAAUGAUGGAACACAAGCAAGAAGUUAGCGAGCCUACAGAACUCGCUGUCGUCUCCGUGCAGUCGCGUCUCCUUCCCUUCUGGCGUGAAUAUCCUCGCAUGUGGUUCAUUCAAUUCGAAGCCGUCGUCGAGCCGCAGAAGACCAGUGACGAAAACAAAUAUCGUUACGUCCUGGGCCAACUACAACCGACCGACCUUCAACAUGUCACAGACAUCGUGAUCAAGCCGCCAGAAACUAAGAAGUACGAGGCCAUCAAACAACGCCUUCUCUCCGUGUACGAGCAGUCCGAGGUGAAAAACUUUAAGAACCUCAUCAGCGGAUUGGAACUUGGCAACCAAAAACCGUCUCAGUUGCUACGACGUAUGCGCGAACUCGGCGGCAACAUGAUCACCGAAGAUGGCAUCAAGAUUGAGUGGAUGAACCACCUUCCGCCGCAAAUGCGAGUUGUGCUGUCUGUGAACACAGAUUCAUCACUCGAUAUGCUCGCGGCAAUGGCAGACAAGAUGAUGGAAUAUUCCGAGUCGGCAAAUAUCGCAGCUGUCUCUUCAUCUCAACCAGAUUCUGCGGCAGUAAACCAGCAAAUCAUGUCCGCGCAGAUACAAGUUCUCUCAAAACAACUCGAGAAUCUGACACUCGAGAUCUCCGAACUUCGUAGCCGUGGAAGACCAAACCAUCGCCGUUAUCAGCGUUCCCGCUCAAGAUCAAAGUCCACUGCAAGGCAUCAACACGAUCCCAAUCGAGUAUGUUACUACCACUACCGAUUUGGAGAUCAGGCAAGACGCUGCGUGUCACCGUGCGCUAGGCGAAAUCAAAAGAAGUCGGAAAACUAGAAGAGGCACCGACCGUGGCGGACGUCGGUGUAACUACGACAAGUAACCGCCUAUGUGUCUUCGAUCGCAACACGAAUCACCGUUUCCUCGUUGA